GAUGCCAUCAAGCAGCUGUUUGAAGUCGAUCCUUCUGACACCCUCUUACGGCGCUUUGUCAACGGAGUCUUCUUCAAGGCGAUGUGCAUGAUCGCGAUAGGAACAAACACCUGUUACCUGGGGAUAGCAGCGGACUGGAACGUCCGGAACAGCUUCAAGCCCAUCGAUUGCGCAGCUCAUGGUUUGGUUUGCGGCAAGGACCCAGAGGCGACCUACAUAGAUAUCGUCUUCGCUGCGUGGUUUGGCACCGAGAUCGUCCUGCGGAUCCUCGUGGACGGCUGCCGGUUCUUUACCAACGACGAGAAGUACUGGAACAUUUUCGAUUUCCUCCUCGUGGCCGAGUCCUUAGCGAGCCUCACUUUAAACACCGGGAAUCUCAGUCUCCUCCGGAUCUUCCGGGUGUUCCGUUUGAUCCGAAUUGUCAGACUGGUCCGGACUGUCAAAGCGUUACGCCGGUUGCGGACGAUGAUCUUCUCAAUCCUGAACUCAUUCGUCGAUCUCCUCUGGGCGAUCGUAGUG